AUGUUGGACGCUUGGGAGCGUUUGACUUUCUACCCCUUUAAAUGGAUAUCUCUCGGGGGUUUACACCCCCAAAAUGAUCGUCUCGCAAUCACGCAGAUUUACCUCUCGUACGAAAAUAUCUACUACACGAUUGACAGUAUUUUGACAAUUGUGCUAUAUCUUCAUAUUGCUAGCAAAUAUGUGAAUUUGCAUUUGCAUAAAGACACUCUAGCUAUGUUGAUUCAAGAGCGGUCAAAAUUUUGGCCAAUUGACACUUUUGAAAUGACAGUGCGUCAAAAAUGUGUCAGAAUUUUAACAAAAAGUUUGACUAUAAUUAAGUCCUAUUUGGGUUAUAGUCUCUUGGUUGUGAUCAGUUUUCUGAUACAGCCCAUAAUCACGGGACAAUUGCCAGUUUUUAUGUACGUACCACGAGGCACAUACUAUAUUUUUUUUGUCAUUUUCAUGACAAUCACACCAGGCAUUAUGUCAAGUAUUUGGGGUGUCGAUACUUUGUUUUUUUCAAUCACAACUCCAGUUUCCAUUCAGUUUAAACUGCUCGCUCACAAGUUUGAGACAAUCGACCUGAAGAUGGAUUCGAAACGGGUGCGUCACGAAUUCCGCAAACUGGUCGAUUAUCACAAUUUUCUGAUCAAUUAUUGCCAAAAUAUCAAUCGAAUGUCGAGCGGAAUUUUCCUGACUCAGUAUCUAGUGGCCAUUGCUACGUCCUGUAUGCAGCUCUUCAUAACAUCGCAGCCAGAGUUUGGUCUUUUGAACAAAAUCAAGUGUUUGACCUAUUUUAUUAUGCAAAUCAUUGAGACUGGAAUUUAUUGUUUCACGGCACAGUUGAUUUCCGAAAGUUCCGAAAAUGUUGGUAAUGCAGUUUACAAGGCACCUUGGUACGACUUUAAUUGUGGUACUAGGAGAGAUAUUGCGUUGGUUAUUGUCAGGUCACAGAAAAAGGUAGUUUUUAACGGACUUGGGCUGGUUUGGAUCAAGAUGGAGACUUUUACAAAGAUUUUUAAGACGGCUCUCUCUUUCUACACGUACUUAAACACUAUGGUUUACCAAAACUAGAAAAAUGACACAAAUUGUAUUCGUUCCGUGUUGUCUGUAUGCAAAUAGUACCGUUCUAUAAAUUUGUAAUUCAAAUCAUUGAACUUAUAAAAUAAAGACACUUGCAUUGAA